GCGAAUCACGCCGAGCUGCUCUUGGGUAGCGAAAGCUCUUCCGUCGUUCCGGGGGUGCCGGUGGAGCGGACGAGAGAUGCCUGCAGCCUUACCGAGAUGUCUUUGGUGCAGGUAGACUACGAGGCCUUGAAGGCCAUCCUCAUCCAGCUCUACGGCUCUAAGGACUUUCUGAAAGACCACCUGGGAUUCAUCGCCGCCGAGGCGGCCAACCCCGUUCUGGUCCAGGCUUUCUUGGCCUUCAAAGAAGGCUGGGACAGCUUCAGGCCAUCUGACGACCUCCGAAUGCAGGAUCUUCAGAUCGCUUACAUCCACUCUAACCCCAAUGCGGUUGGCUCGAAAGACAACUUGGAUUAUGCGCAGGGGCCGGAGAGUUACCAUACUGCCCACCGCAACUUUCAUCCGACCUACCGCGACAUCCUCUAUGCCAGAAACUACUACGACAUCUUCAUUUUUGACCUGGACGGAAACCUGAUCUAUUCAGUGUACAAGGAGCUUGACUACGCCACCAACUUUAUGGCCAAUGGCACCGGUGAGUGGAAAGACUCCGGACUGGGUGAGGCAUUUCGUGCAGCUGUUGCACACCCCAGUCAGAUCAACAUCAUCGACUGGAAGCCGUAUGGGCCUAGCUAUGGAGCUUUGGCGAGCUUCCUAUCCACAGGUAUCCUCCAGGAGGGCGAGUUGCUGGGCGUCUUUUGCACUCAAAUGCCGCCGGAGUCGAAGCCAGUGGAAGUUUCGGAGAUGGAGCCCAUUUUAGAGAAGGCCGAUCAAACCAUCCGGGUGGCCGUGGACUACUACAAAACAGGCAGCAACGAUUGCAGUCCGACGCUGAGCCCGACCGCAUGGGAGAUCGAGCUGGAGCAGCUCAGCAGGCUUAAGUACAAGUUCCAGAAGGUGGAGACGGAAUAUGCGCUGCUCGCCAACGGCUACUCACAGAGUUGGCUCAACAUUUCGGUGCAGGGCCUGGAGGAGCAGAAGGUUUUCACAGAGACGGAGUCAUCGAAGCUGGAGCUGGUGUCGGCGAUGUGGGAUUUCAAGCAAGCCUGGGACAAGUACCGGGACACCAACGCAGAGAGGCUUCUGAGUCUGCAGAUUGCCUACAUCUUGCUGAACCCUUUCCCGACGGGCUCGAAGGACCAGUUGGAUGCUGCAGACGGCCCGGAGGAGUACCACAAGGUGCACGCCCAGUACCACCCCACGUACCGAGCCAUCCUGUACGAGCGCAACUUCUACGACAUCUUCUUCUUGGACUUGGGUGGCAAUUGCAUCUACUCUGUCUACAAG